AUUAACACGUUCGUCCAGAAUUUUCGCACUCCUCCUCUAUAAAUACCCCUAUCCUGCCGCCUUCCCAGAAAUCCCAAUUUCUCUCUUCACCCAUUUACACACCUAGCUAAUUAGCUAUAAACACCAAGAAGAAGGGAUUUCCAUUAUUCCUUUGCCAUUUCCAAUCUGACAACCCCUUCCGCCGCUUUCGUCACCCACAUCUUCGCCGCCAUGGAUCGCCGCCUUGCCGUCUUUUUUUCUCUCCUCGCCAUUUCUCUCCACCUUCUACCACUUCCAGGAGAUGCAUCGACAUUUACUAUAACAAACAACUGCGACUACACUGUAUGGCCAGGAAUCCUCUCCAACGCCGGCGUAGCACCGCUCUCCACCACCGGUUUCUCUCUUCAAAAAGGCGAAUCGAAACCCAUUGCUCUGCCAUCCGGUUGGGGGGGCCGCUUCUGGGGCCGAACCCUCUGUUCAACGGAUAAAAAAACCGGGCAAUUCACUUGUCUCACCGGUGACUGUGGGUCCGGAAAAAUCGAAUGUUCUGGUGCUGGAGCAUUACCACCGGCGACAUUGGCAGAGUUCACGCUUGAUGGCUCCGGCGGGAUGGAUUUCUACGAUGUGAGCCUCGUGGAUGGAUACAAUGUCGCCAUGUUGGUUGCGCCGCGAGGUGGUAGUGGGCCAAAUUGUACUUUUACUGGGUGCGUCAAUGAUUUGAACGGCGCGUGUCCAUCAGAGUUGAGGGUGAUGAGCGAGGGAGAAGAGAGUGCAGUGGCGUGUAAAAGCGCGUGUGGUAAAUUCAACAGUCCGCAGUAUUGUUGUAGUGGAACGUACGGAUCGCCAGACACGUGUAAGCCGUCGAGUUACUCUUUGGCGUUUAAGAAGGCUUGCCCACGCGCAUAUAGCUACGCCUAUGAUGAUAAGAGUAGUACUUUCACUUGUAAAGGGUCUCCUGAUUAUACCAUCACCUUCUGCCCUUCGCCUACUACCAGCCAGAAGGCAUCAGACGAAGAAGGAACACCAUCAACAUCAUCUCCGUCAUCAAAUGUAAUAAUGAACAGCUCAAUGGUAUAUGAAGGUGCUUUAGAUAUGUCAUCGUCACCGUCCACGUACAAUCAUGUGUUAUGUUCACCGCUUAUUGCCGGUGGGGUUGCCACUAUCAUAGCCAUCUGGCGGUUGUCACAACUCUUCUAAUUCACACAUUUUGGUUUGGUGAAGGAAGGUGGACGUUAUUGUCACACCAAGUUGAUGGAUUACACAAAAGUCAGAACUAACUCUUAACUUAUUACUUCUACUGGACUACUUGUACUAUCAUUCUUCUCCAUCCAUCACGAGUGAGACCUCGAUCUUGGAAUUUUCCCGCUUUGUAACGGGCCGGUGAAGGGCCUCGUUUCUGGGCCCGAUGGUGAAGAUGAACUAAUUGAGUUUGAGAUUGAGAUUGAGAUUGAGAUUGAGGUUGAAGAUUCCUUUUAGUGGUGAAUUUUUUUAAUUAAAUUUGGAGGUAAUUAGAGUUUCAUAGAGGGUAGAAAUUAGAAGGAAUUAGCGAUUGUAAUUUAUGUAUACAUGCUACUACUAUUUAAAAUUGCUACCACUGAGGUUGGUGUUUAGUUUUAUUUGAUUUACUCAAGUUUUGUUCCUUUUAUCUCA